UUGUCACCUAUCUGUCAAUUACCCACAAGAAAAUUUGCGUGCUCUACCGAAUCCCAUCCACAUCCCUUGAAUAAUUCUAUAAAGUUAAAUUAAUUACAAUUUUUUUAUUUAAAUCUUAGUGUAAAUUUGAUAAUUUUAGAUUAGUUAAGAUGUUCAAAAAAUUCGAGGAAAAAGAAAGUGUGUCGUCCAUCCAACAACUCAAAUCAUCGGUACAAAAGGGAAUACGCACAAAACUCUUGGAAUCUUAUCCGCAACUCGAAUCGCACAUUGAUCAGAUUCUUCCCAAGAAGGAUUCCUUUAGGAUUGCGAAAUGUCAUGACCAUAUCGAGGUACUACUCAAUGGCAUUGGAGAUCAGGUGUUCUUCCGUCAUCGUGAUGGUCAGUGGAUGCCAACGUUAAAACUUCUUCAUAAGUUCCCAUUCUUUGUGACGAUGCAGCAGGUAGACAAGGGAGCCAUUCGUUUUGUGUUGAGUGGAGCGAAUAUUAUGUGUCCAGGUCUCACGUCUCCAGGGGCAUGCAUGACGCCUGCGGAGAAGGGCACUGUUGUGGCCAUCAUGGCCGAGGGCAAGGAGCACGCAUUAGCCAUCGGAAUCACAACUCUUUCCACUGCCGAUAUUGCUAAAAUUAACAAAGGAGUCGGAGUAGAAAACUGCCAUUAUCUGAACGAUGGUCUUUGGAAGAUGAAACCGCUCAAGUAGACGAAUAUUAAACGAUGAUAAGAUUCCUGCAUUUCUAUGGACUUAAAAAAAAAAAACAAAAAAAAAUAAUAACUUCUUUUUAAAGUGAAA